AUAUAUUCAUAUUAAAAAUAUGCCUACAUGUCAUGAGGACACCUUAGAUUAUAAAUUUGACCAAAAAAUAAAGCUUCUGUGCUGUAACCAACACUUCUCAAAAAAUAAAAAGCAACUACAUAAAAAUAACAACAGUAUUUGCAAAACAAUUUCUUUCCACCUCUGCUGUUCCAACCAAAAUUUGAAAAUACAAACAUCUCCUAUUUUUCCUUUUAUCAGUCCCAGCGUGAUGGUGUUUUCUACAAUCAAGUUUUACGGUGUGCCAGCAGGACACCGUGUCUACAGGGACUCUCUGGAGAAAGAGAUGUUCAGAGGGAGCUGAUGCCACAUCUGGUCCAGCCGAUGGAAGGUCUUGAAGUUCUCUGACUGGCCUCUACUGACGAUGGUCGUCUCACUGGAUUUAAGGUUUCUGUCAAAUCUGACAAAAUGAAUAUGUAUGCUGUGCCCAACCCGGGAAUACCAGGCUGUCCACCAGGAUUAGAAUACAUGACUCAGGUGGAUCAGCUACUCAUCAAACAGAAAGUUGAGCUUGUCGAAGCCCUUGUUGGUUUCGAGAGCAAUAACAAGUACGAAGUCCGCAACUCCAUGGGCCAGAAUGUGUUCUACGCCGUCGAGGAGAACGACUGCCUGAGUCGACAGUGUUGCGGUCCGCUGCGUCCCUUCACCAUCCACGUCCUCGACAAUUUCGGACAGGAGGUCAUCACGGUGACCAGGCCGCUAAAGUGCAUGUCUUGCUUCUUCCCCUGUUGUUUACAAGAGCUGGAGGUGCAGUCUCCCCCCGGUAACACAGUGGGAUACGUGCAACAACAGUGGCAUCCGUUUUCUCCUAAAUUCAUCGUUGCAAAUGAACACAACGAGCCUGUACUGAAGAUCCACGGGCCUUUCUGUGGAUGGAGCUGCCUUCCAGAUGUUGACUUUGAGAUUGUGACGAUGGAUGAAGUCAAUAAGAUCGGGAAGAUCAGUAAGCAGUGGACGGGACUACUUCGGGAAGCUUUCACAGAUUCAGACAACUUCGGUAUCCAGUUUCCCAUGGACCUGGAUGUGAGAAUGAAGGCGGUGAUGAUUGGCGCGUGUUUUCUCAUUGAUUUCAUGUUCUUCGAGUCGACUAACUAGAAGCCAAACAGGAUUUCUAUGUAACAUUCCUGGAGGAAGACGGUCACUAAGCCACGAGUCAGUCCUAAAUGCCCUACCAGAGAACAACCUUCAAACGGAUAGUUUCACGGAAGUACCACGAGCUACCUACAUGUUAUAAUUUUGCAUGAACAAUGAAGUAGAAGGUUUGUUUUAGUCGUAGCUGCUCAGGUUGGCUGUAAAAUCAUGCCUCUGAGCUGUGAGUGCACGAUGAAGAUAUUUUUUAGACAGUAUGUAUGAGGAUUUUUUUUAUUAUUUUCAAAUGUGUGUGUUUACAUUAUGGUUUCUGAUUUAAUUUGGGCGCAAAACCUUUAGUCACUACUAACAAAAACUCAAAUAGAAAGGUAACAUCCAUGUACACAUAAAGGGAAUUCAGCUGUUACAGUUAUAACUAAUACAAUCGGUGUUCUUAUGGUUAGUAUGUAUUAGUCCAAAUGCUAGUUCACAUAAUCCACUAUGCUUGCAGCUAUAUUGUACAAGAGCUAAAGGACUCAUGUAAUGUAGUAAUUUGUGGUUCUGAUAUACAAUGCCCUUAUUUUUUUUUAUUAAUUUCUAUUUUGUUUGUCACUUUGUCAACUUAAAGUGUGUGUGCACUGCAUUGUGUGCGUACUUGUGUGUGUUUUAACUGACACAGAAAUGAUCGUAAUGUAGAAUACAAAGUAUAUUUAUAUUUUCAAUUGCCACAAUACUUAUGCAUUGUCAACUCUGCAGAAGUUGUUUUUUUAUGGAAUAGAUGGGUUAUGUCAUGAUGUACCAUCCCAGGUUUGCCCAGAAGAGGGAGCUAGAUAUUCAUCUACGAGUAACCCGGCCCAUAGUCCAAAUGAACAAUCUCAACACUUGCUUAUGCCAUAGCAAUUUAUUCUAACAGUAGUGUCUGAUGACAUAGUACAUUUUUGGACAAACUCAGGUUGAAAUGCAAGCUACUGUAUCAUUGUGUUGGCUACUGCUGGCUCUGGGAAUGACACACCUGCAUCUGAUACUAUGAGCAUACAGAAAGAUUUUCUUUUUGGACAACAUUUUGUACAUCAAAUCAUCUUAAUAUCCAUAUUUUGAAUAUAUUUCCAAGCAAAUCGACUUGAAUUGUGAUAUUUUCCACUGUUAUGUUACACGUGAUUCAGUCCCACAUGUGUCAAAAUGAAAAGAUUAAAUACAAUAUGUUAAAAUGAAGUUUUCAUGAUAAUUAUAGCUUCCAUUGAAUAGAUAUUGAUGAUUCUACACCAUGUCAUAAUGUAAAAUUCUGAUAUUUUGUCAAAAUAGCCAUAAAUGUAAUGGCCGAAAAUACAGUAUUGUAGCAAAAUGUUACAUAUGUGCUGCAUUAACUUUAAGGCCAGUAAGCAUUCUUGUAUAGUCAUGAUAACAUUUUUUUCUCCACAGCUGUUAUCAAGAACUCUGCAAAUCUGAAAAAAAAACAUGUCCAUCUUAAGUGUUUUUCAUAUUAAGUCUUAAAAGCUUAACAGCUGUUAUUUUUCUAAGUAUUACUAUAUACUGCCAGUUGGAAGAGCUAAGGUUGCCAGUUUAGACCUCAAUUUUCUUGCGUCAACAGUGUUUUAUUCUACCUUCAGUGUAUUGACACUUGUUUGUGGAAUUACCAUAAGUGGAUUUAUCUCACUCUUUAUGAGCAGCAUUUUUUUUUUUAACCCUUGAUGUUAAGACUAGCAACACAAUUAAAUACUUAAGAUGGAUGUUUUUUUGGAGUCUGUUCUGUUUUAAUGGCAUUCAAUUUGUUGGGAAACUACUGAAUCACAUUGCUGCCAAUAGGAUUAGUCUGAUCAUUUGGUAUGGUUUUUUUGAAUGCCAUAAUAGUAUAAAAUGCUGGUACUACAUCCUCUGAAGGCUCUUUGGUUGUGUUUUAAAAGCCAAAAAUUAAAUUCAGAAUGUGAUACAGAGGGAA